UGUAUCGGAACAAAAACAUAAUAAUUAAGAAUUAAAAAAUGCCUUCGUGCGUACUCAAAAGUUGUAGCAACAGUACAAAAAAACAUAAUGCAAGCAAUGGAAUAACAUUCCACAGGUUUCUUCGGCCUGGCCAUGAAAAAAGUGAAUAUUGGAUCCGAUUUGUACAGAAGAAUCGUAACGAGGAAACUUGGCUACCCAAUCAAUAUACAUACAUAUGUUCAGUGCACUUUAGAGAACAAGACAAGUACAUUUCAAAAUCGGGACGAGGCUUUUUGAAAGAAUGUGCAGUACCAUACAAUCCACAAAAUGAUCCGCCACCUGGACCUUCCAAACAAGAGGAAACAUCAGAUCCAAUAUCCGUCAGCGAUUCAGAGUCUAUUUUUGAUUCUCCGCAUGAAAUUGUUUUAAAAGAGAAACUCCAAAAAGAAAUAAUUGCUAGAAAGAAUCUUGCUAAUAAAUGUAGGGCAUUAAAAGAACAAAACCGAUAUUUAAAGAAGAAAUGUCUUUCUUAUAAAGAAGAAGUUGAAGCGUUGAAGCAAAAAUUAGGCAAAAGCUGA